AUGUCCAUAAACGUGUUUCGAAUAAUAAUUUUUCUACUGAUCAUUGCAGUUGUUGUUUCUUCACAAAAGCAUGACAAAAGAAAUUCUGACAAAGAUGAAUACAGGAAGGAAAGAGGUGACCAAGAAAGAGGCAUUAAAAAACGGAAGCCAGUAUCAAAGAAACUAGAACGUAAUGACAGAAGUGAUUUUAAAGAAGAAAGAAAACAUCUAGAGAGGCCACAAUAUCCAUGGCAGAAGAUUGAGAAGCCAAGAAAACCAAACUCAUCACGAGGUAAAAAUCAACGAGGUAGACGUGGACGUCGUAAACAUCAAGAUGGCUCACAUCCUAAAAAAAAUGAAUCCCGAGAGUCAAAAAGCACACCAGACAAAAACCACUACCCAUGGCAAGAACAUUAUCCCACACAAGGUCGUAACCAACAUGAAUAUUCAUCAACUGUCGACAAAAAAGUCACAACAACAAUAGAAACGAUGGUGAAUUCAAUCCCUUCCAUUGUACCAGAGUCACAAAAAACAGAUUCAACAGCUAAUAACUCUCCAACAAAAACGGUUUCACUUUUGACAACAACUGAACCACCAACUGAGCCUACCACAAUUGUUACAAUAGCCGGCACAACAUCUACUGCCGCUACAACAGUUGUACCAACAACAGAAAUUCCAACAACUCCAGAUGCUGCGACAACAACUGUUCCAAUUUCAACAACUACGGAACCGCCUACUGAUGCCUCGACAAUUGUGGCAACAACAGACACACCAUCAACUGCCGCUACAACAGUUGCACCAACAACAGAAAUUCUAACAACUCCAGAUGCUGCGACAACAACUGUUCCAAUUUCAACAACUACGGAACCGCCUACUGAUGGUACAACAAUUGUGGCAACAACAGACACCUCAUCAACUGCCGCUACAACAGUUGCACCAACAACAGAAAUUCUAACAACUCCAGAUGCUGCGACAACAACUGUUCCAAUUUCAACAACUACGGAACCGCCUACUGAUGAAUCGACAAUUGUGGCAACAACAGACACACCAUCAACUGCCGCUACAACAGUUGCACCAACAACAGAAAUUCUAACAACUCCAGAUGCUGCGACAACAACUGUUCCAAUUUCAACAACUACGGAACCGCCUACUGAUGCUACAACAAUUGUGGCAACAACAGACACCUCAUCAACUGCCGCUACAACAGUUGCACCAACAACAGAAAUUCUAACAACUCCAGAUGCUGCGACAACAACUGUUCCAAUUUCAACAACUACGGAACCGCCUACUGAUGCCUCGACAAUUUCGGCAACAACAGACACACCAUCAACUGCCGCUACAAAAGUUGCACCAACAACAGAAAUUCUAACAACUCCAGAUGCUGCGACAACAACUGUUCCAAUUUCAACAACUACGGAACCGCCUACUGAUGCUACAACAAUUGUGGCAACAACAGACACCUCAUCAACUGCCGCUACAACAGUUGCACCAACAACAGAAAUUCUAACAACUCCAGAUGCUGCGACAACAACUGUUCCAAUUUCAACAACUACGGAACCGCCUACUGAUGCUACAACAAUUGUGGCAACAACAGACACCUCAUCAACUGCCGCUACAACAGUUGCACCAACAACAGAAAUUCUAACAACUCCAGAUGCUGCGACAACAACUGUUCCAAUUUCAACAACUACGGAACCGCCUACUGAUGCUACAACAAUUGUGGCAACAACAGACACCUCAUCAACUGCCGCUACAACAGUUGCACCAACAACAGAAAUUCUAACAACUCCAGAUGCUGCGACAACAACUGUUCCAAUUUCAACAACUACGGAACCGCCUACUGAUGCCUCGACAAUUUCGGCAACAACAGACACACCAUCAACUGCCGCUACAACAGUUGCACCAACAACAGAAAUUCUAACAACUCCAGAUGCUGCGACAACAACUGUUCCAAUUUCAACAACUACGGAACCGCCUACUGAUGAAUCGACAAUUGUGGCAACAACAGACACACCAUCAACUGCCGCUACAACAGUUGCACCAACAACAGAAAUUCUAACAACUCCAGAUGCUGCGACAACAACUGUUCCAAUUUCAACAACUACGGAACCGCCUACUGAUGCUACAACAAUUGUGGCAACAACAGACACCUCAUCAACUGCCGCUACAACAGUUGCACCAACAACAGAAAUUCUAACAACUCCAGAUGCUGCGACAACAACUGUUCCAAUUUCAACAACUACGGAACUGCCUACUGAUGCUACAACAAUUGUGGCAAAAACAGACACCUCAUCAACUGCCGCUACAACAGUUGCACCAACAACAAAAAUUCCAACAACUCCAGACACUGCAACAACUCCUGUUCCAACUACAACAACUACGGAACCCUCAACUGAUGCUACAACAAUUGUGGCAACAACAGACACCUCAUCAACUGCUGCUACAACAGUUGCACCAACAACAAAAAUUCCAACAACUCCAGACACUGCAACAACUCCUGUUCCAACCACGACAACAACGGAACCCUCAACUGAUGCUACAACAAUUGUGGCAACAUCAGACACACCAUCAGCUGCCGCUACAACAGUGUCACCAACAACAAAAAUUCCAACAACUCCCGACACUGCAACAACUCCUGUUCCAACUACGACAACUACGGAACAUUCAACUGAUGUUACAACAAUUGUGGCAACAACAGACACACCAUCAACUGCCGCUACAACAGUUGCACCAACAACAGAAAUUCCAACAACUCCAGAUGCUGCGACAACAACUGUUCCAAUUUCAACAACUACGGAGCUGCCUACUGAUGCUACAACAAAUGUGGCAAAAACAGACACCUCAUCAACUGCCGCUACAACAGUUGCACCAACAACAGAAAUUCCAACAACUCCAGAUGCUGCGACAACAACUGUUCCAAUUUCAACAACUACGGAACUGCCUACUGAUGCUACAACAAUUGUGGCAAAAACAGACACCUCAUCAACUGCCGCUACAACAGUUGCACCAACAACAGAAAUUCCAACAACUCCAGAUGCUGCGACAACAACUGUUCCAAUUUCAACAACUACGGAACUGCCUACUGAUGCUACAACAAUUGUGGCAAAAACAGACACCUCAUCAACUGCCGCUACAACAGUUGCACCAACAACAGAAAUUCCAACAACUCCCGAUGCUGCGACAACAACUGUUCAAAUUUCAACAACUACGGAACUGCCUACUGAUGCUACAACAAUUGUGGCAAAAACAGACACCUCAUCAACUGCUGCUACAACAGUUGCACCAACAACAAAAAUUCCAACAACUCCAGACACUGCAACAACUCCUGUUACAACUACAACAACUACGGAACCCUCAACUGAUGCUACAACAAUUGUGGCAACAACAGACACCUCAUCAACUGCUGCUACAACAGUUGCACCAACAACAAAAAUUCCAACAACUCCAGACACUGCAACAACUCCUGUUCCAACCACGACAACAACGGAACCCUCAACUGAUGCUACAACAAUUGUGGCAACAUCAGACACACCAUCAGCUGCCGCUACAACAGUGUCACCAACAACAAAAAUUCCAACAACUCCCGACACUGCAACAACUCCUGUUUCAACUACGACAACUACGGAACCCUCAACUGAUGUUACAACAAUUGUGGCAACAACAGACACACCAUCUACUGCCGCUACAACAGUUGCACCAACAACAGAAAUUCCAACAACUCCAGAUGCUGCGACAACAACUGUUCCAAUUUCAACAACUACGGAGCUGCCUACUGAUGCUACAACAAUUGUGGCAAAAACAGACACCUCAUCAACUGCCGCUACAACAGUUGCACCAACAACAGAAAUUCCAACAACUCCAGAUGCUGCGACAACAACUGUUCCAAUUUCAACAACUACGGAACUGCCUACUGAUGCUACAACAAUUGUGGCAAAAACAGACACCUCAUCAACUGCCGCUACAACAGUUGCACCAACAACAGAAAUUCCAACAACUCCAGAUGCUGCGACAACAACUGUUCCAAUUUCAACAACUACGGAACUGCCUACUGAUGCUACAACAAUUGUGGCAAAAACAGACACCUCAUCAACUGCCGCUACAACAGUUGCACUAACAACAGAAAUUCCAACAACUCCCGAUGCUGCGACAACAACUGUUCCAAUUUCAACAACUACGGAACUGCCUACUGAUGCUACAACAAUUGUAUCAAAAACAGACACCUCAUCAACUGCCGCUACAACAGUUGCACCAACAACAGAAAUUCCAACAACUCCAGAUGCUGCGACAACAACUGUUCCAAUUUCAACAACUACGGAACUGCCUACUGAUGCUACAACAAUUGUGGCAAAAACAGACACCUCAUCAACUGCUGCUACAACAGUUGCACCAACAACAAAAAUUCCAACAACUCCAGACACUGCAACAACUCCUGUUCCAACUACAACAACUACGGAACCCUCAACUGAUGCUACAACAAUUGUGGCAGCAACAGACACCUCAUCAACUGCCGCUACAACAGUUGCACCAACAAGAGAAAUUCUAACAACUCCAGAUGCUGCGACAACAACUGUUCCAAUUUCAACAACUACGGAACCGCCUACUGAUGCUACAACAAUUGUGGCAACAACAGACACCUCAUCAACUGCCGCUACAACAGUUGCACCAACAACAGAAAUUCCAACAACUCCAGACACUGCAACAACUCCUGUUCCAACUACGACAACUACGGAACCAUCAACUGAUGUUACAACAAUUGUGGCAACAACAGACACCUCAUCUACUGCCGCUACAACAGUUGCACCAACAACAGAAAUUCCAACAACUCCAGAUGCUGCGACAACAACUGUUCCAAUUUCAACAACUACGGAACCGCCUACUGAUGCUACAACAAUUGUGGCAAAAACAGACACCUCAUCAACUGCCGCUACAACAGUUGCACCAACAACAGAAAUUCCAACAACUCCCGAUGCUGCGACAACAACUGUUCCAAUUUCAACAACUACGGAACCGCCUUCUGAUGCUACAACAAUUGUGGCAACAACAGACACCUCAUCAACUGCCGCUACAACAGUUGCACCAACAACAGAAAUUCCAACAACUCCAGACACUGCAACAACUCCUGUUCCAACUACGACAGCUACGGAACCCUCAACUGAUGUUACAACAAUUGUGGCAACAACAGACACACCAACUCCUGCCGCUACAACAGUUGCACCAACAACAGAAAUUCCAACAACUCCAGAUGCUGCGACAACAACUGUUCCAAUUUCAACAACUACGGAACCGCCUACUGAUGCUACAACAAUUGUGGCAAAAACAGACACCUCAUCAACUGCCGCUACAACAGUUGCACCAACAACAGAAAUUCCAACAACUCCAGAUGCUGCGACAACAACUGUUCCAAUUUCAACAACUACGGAACCGCCUUCUGAUGCUACAACAAUUGUGGCAACAACAGACACCUCAUCAACUGCCGCUACAACAGUUGCACCAACAACAGAAAUUCCAACAACUCCAGAUGCUGCGACAACAACUGUUCCAAUUUCAACAACUACGGAGCUGCCUACUGAUGCUACAACAAUUGUGGCAAAAACAGACACCUCAUCAACUGCCGCUACAACAGUUGCACCAACAACAGAAAUUCCAACAACUCCAGAUGCUGCGACAACAACUGUUCCAAUUUCAACAACUACGGAACUGCCUACUGAUGCUACAACAAUUGUGGCAAAAACAGACACCUCAUCAACUGCCGCUACAACAGUUGCACCAACAACAAAAAUUCCAACAACUCCAGACACUGCAACAACUCCUGUUCCAACUACAACAACUACGGAACCCUCAACUGAUGCUACAACAAUUGUGGCAACAACAGACACCUCAUCAACUGCCGCUACAACAGUUGCACCAACAACAGAAAUUCUAACAACUCCAGAUGCUGCGACAACAACUGUUCCAAUUUCAACAACUACGGAACCGCCUACUGAUGCUACAACAAUUGUGGCAACAACAGACACCUCAUCAACUGCCGCUACAACAGUUGCACCAACAACAGAAAUUCCAACAACUCCAGAUGCUGCGACAACAACUGUUCCAAUUUCAACAACUACGGAACCGCCUUCUGAUGCUACAGAAAUUAUGGCAACAACAGACACCUCAUCAACUGCCGCUACAACAGUUGCACCAACAACAGAAAUUCCAACAACUCCAGACACUGCAACAACUCCUGUUCCAACCACGACAACAACGGAACCCUCAACUGAUGCUACAACAAUUGUGGCAACAUCAGACACACCAUCAGCUGCCGCUACAACAGUGUCACCAACAACAAAAAUUCCAACAACUCCCGACACUGCAACAACUCCUGUUCCAACUACGACAACUACGGAACCCUCAACUGAUGUUACAACAAUUGUGGCAACAACAGACACACCAUCUACUGCCGCUACAACAGUUGCACCAACAACAGAAAUUCCAACAACUCCAGAUGCUGCGACAACAACUGUUCCAAUUUCAACAACUACGGAGCUGCCUACUGAUGCUACAACAAUUGUGGCAAAAACAGACACCUCAUCAACUGCCGCUACAACAGUUGCACCAACAACAGAAAUUCCAACAACUCCAGAUGCUGCGACAACAACUGUUCCAAUUUCAACAACUACGGAACUGCCUACUGAUGCUACAACAAUUGUGGCAAAAACAGACACCUCAUCAACUGCCGCUACAACAGUUGCACCAACAACAGAAAUUCCAACAACUCCAGAUGCUGCGACAACAACUGUUCCAAUUUCAACAACUACGGAACUGCCUACUGAUGCUACAACAAUUGUGGCAAAAACAGACACCUCAUCAACUGCCGCUACAACAGUUGCACCAACAACAAAAAUUCCAACAACUCCAGACACUGCAACAACUCCUGUUCCAACUACAAUAACUACGGAACCCUCAACUGAUGCUACAACAAUUGUGGCAACAACAGACACCUCAUCAACUGCCGCUACAACAGUUGCACCAACAACAGAAAUUCUAACAACUCCAGAUGCUGCGACAACAACUGUUCCAAUUUCAACAACUACGGAACCGCCUACUGAUGCUACAACAAUUGUGGCAACAACAGACACCUCAUCAACUGCCGCUACAACAGUUGCACCAACAACAGAAAUUCUAACAACUCCAGAUGCUGCGACAACAACUGUUCCAAUUUCAACAACUACGGAACUGCCUACUGAUGCUACAACAAUUUUGGCAAAAACAGACACACCAUCUACUGCCGCUACAACAGUUGCACCAACAACAGAAAUUCCAACAACUCCAGAUGCUGCGACAACAACUGUUCCAAUUUCAACAACUACGGAACUGCCUACUGAUGCUACAACAAUUGUGACAAAAACAGACACCUCAUCAACUGCCGCUACAACAGUUGCACCAACAACAAAAAUUCCAACAACUCCAGACACUGCAACAACUCCUGUUCCAACUACUACGACAACUACGGAACCCUCAACUUAUACUACAACAAUUGAAUCAUUUAUUUCAGACACACCAUCUACUGUCGUUACAACAGUUCCACCAACAACAGAAAUUCCAACAACUCCAGACGCUGAGCCGUCAACUGAUGAUACAACAACAGAGGAAAGAGCGAACACACCAACAGUUCAACAGACUCUGGAACAACACAUGGUACAAGUUCAAGAACUAUUAAACCGUCUACCUUCGCUUGAACAGUCGCAGAAACCUCAGACUAUCCAACAACUCGAUACACUUCAACAACGCCUGUUAAACCUUCAACAACUUAUGGCUGAUCUACUUACACAGAAAGAUUAG